AUGAGCGCGGAUUGCACGAGCUACUACAGUGCAGACAAAGUGUUUGUAAAUGGGUUUACAUGUCCUAAACCGGACAGCGAUGCCAAAGCGGUUUUCUGUUGUGGGUUUAACGAUAUCAAAUACUGCUGUGAUGACCCCAAUAGCUUCUUCCCUUAUGAAUAUGGGUACAUGUGGUGGCUGAGUGUGGGGGCACUGGUGGGCCUGUCCAUUGCCGCUGUGGUUCUGCUGGCUUUCAUCAUUACCAUUUGUGUCCUCUGUUAUCUGUUCAUAGCCACCAAACCAAGUCGCCUGGACAACGGCCUACCACUGCGGGCGCCAGGUUCUGAUCUGAGUGUGCUAGAAGGACCGAGUCAAUCCAACGCCCCCACAGGACCACAAGGCCUCCGCAGGCAUUUCUUUAGCCGCAAACUGGACUGUGAUAACCAGCCCCCUGACCCGGACCGACUCUUUCAGAGGUGCUUCAUGGCAACAGUUACCACAAUCAAUGUGGAGGGGCCCUCCUAG